AUGCAAAAAUCAAAACAGAGCACAUCACUAGCGGACAAUACAAGAGCUUUCCUCACAAUAUGGGGCAACCCUAUUGUUUUGUCUCCCAACGAACUAUACUAUCACUCCCGGAUACUCGUGUCUGAGAGCAUGGAUCUCAUGAUAAAGGGCGUCGCCUUGAGCAUUAGCCAUGCACCGCACAUUGACCUUGUCAAUAAUCUCUAUAGCUUCCCCUCGUAUCCACACCGAACUGAGCCCCUUAGCAAUAUGCCAAUGGAACCCAACUGCGUAUACAACACGUGCCCCCAUGACCAGCUGGCAUCCCGGGGAAAACCUGCAGAAGGGUGCCACGCCAUUCUAGAAUAUGGUGUUGCAUAUGUAGCUGGAGCACCUGUAGAUUUACUUGUUUGA